ACGGCGGGGCGGCCCGGGGGCGGGGGCCGCGGGCGGCCCGGGGCUGGGGAGGCCGCCGCCUCCCUGGGCCUGCCGGGGCGGCCGCCUCCGCGAUGCCGCUGCUAGUCGAGGGGCGGCGAGUGCGGCUGCCGCAGUCCGCGGGGGACCUCGUGCGCGCCCACCCGCUUCUGGAGGAAAGAGCCAGACUUCUCAGAGGUCAGUCUGUUCAGCAAGUGGGACCCCAGGGCCUUCUGUAUGUUCAGCAAAGAGAGCUUGCAGCGGCCUCCCCGCAGGAUGGCUCCAUCUCCAUCCUGGGUUCUGAUGAUGCCACCACCUGUCACAUUGUGGUCCUGAGGCACACAGGUAACGGGGCCACCUGCCUGACCCACUGUGACGGAAGUGACACCAAAGCGGAGGUCCCCCUGAUCAUGAGCUCCAUCAAAUCCUUCUCCGACCACGCUCCGUGUGGAAGGCUGGAAGUGCACCUCGUGGGAGGCUUCAGUGAUGACAGGCAGUUGUCACAAAAACUUACUCAUCAACUUCUUAGUGAGUUUGACAGACAAGAAGAUGACAUUCACUUAGUGACGUUGUGUGUGACAGAACUAAAUGACCGGGAAGAAAAUGAAAAGCACUUUCCAAUCAUCUAUGGCAUCGUCCAUGCGGAGGACCUCUUUAUCCCCACAGCGGUCAACAUUAAAACUGCAGAGAUUUACAGAGCCUCCUUCCCAGACCGAGGCCCGGAGGAGGAGCUGCGUGCCGCCCGAGCUCUGACAGGAGGCCCAAUGAUUAGUAUUUACGACGCAAAGACAGAACAACUUCGUAUAGGACCGUACUCCUGGAUGCCAUUUCCACAUGUGGAUUUCUGGCUGCAGCAAGAUGAUAAGCAAAUACUAGAGAACCUCUCCACUUCACCUCUGGCUGAGCCACCCCACUUUGUCGAACAUAUUAGAUCUACCUUGAUGUUCUUAAAAAAACACCCAUCUCCAUCCAACACACUGUUCCCCGGAAACAAGGCUCUCCUCUACAAAAAAAAUGAAGAUGGUUUAUGGGAAAAGAUCCCUUCUCCAGGAAGCUAAACACGGGCAUCACCAAAGAGCAACUUUUGGCCUGAGAGACACCACCAUGGGGACCGUGGGGCCUGGAAAGAAUACGAACCAGAAUCCGCAUCCGCUGAAUCUUAGGUCUCCUUCCUUACUGUCCUUCAAAUGACUUUAAAAAUAAAAUCUUAUUUUCGCGAA